CAAAAAUAUAAUGAACUGGAUAUAUUUCAUGUAUAUACGAAUUAUUUCAUGUAAAAUAUUUGCAUUAUAUUGUCUUAUCAUUAUGUUAUCUGUCUGUAUGUGUUAUACAUAUCAUAGUAAUUUGCCAGAAAUACAAGUCUAUGAAAAUAUAACUAUUGGUACUGUCAUUCUAUCAGAUCUUCGCAAUCUACUUGGGAUACCAGCAUCAGGUUAUAUGAAAUUAGGUCCAGGUUCAUUAACACAGUAUUUUCGUUUAGAUAAUCAUACUGGUAGUUUAAUUAGUACAGCAUUAAUUGAUUUAGAGUCGAAAAGUUUAUGUGAUACAGAGAAAUCUUGUUGUCCAAAUCAUCAAUAUGAACAAAUGUCUAUAGAGUUGGAUAAUAAAUAUUCUGAAGAUAAGCAUAAUUAUUAUUCAGUAUUUUCUAAUGAUUUAGUACAAGAAAUUGAACAAUGUAAAUUAAUGUCAUUUAUUCUUGCUUCAACAAAUAAUGAUGCACAAAUUUCUCCUAUAGCUAAAUUAUAUGUUAAUAUCUUGGACUUGAAUGAUAAUCCUCCACAAUUUGAUAUACUACAAAUUAUCAGUCUAAUCAUUAUCAAAUGAAAUCAAUACAUUUAUCCUUUUUAGAAGGUCCAUUAGGUGUUGGUACAAGACAUGAUUUGCCUAGAGCAUUCGAUGCUGAUUUCUCACCAGAGAAUCAAGUUAAAAAUUAUUGGAUUGAAUGGGAUAAUAUAAAUCAAGGUAUUCAUAAUGAUGCCUAUCAAACUUCUACAUUUAUUACAUCUUCAAAAUCAUCAGUUAUAUCUGGAUUAACUAGUUCAAAUGAUCAAAUUUGGUCGAAAUUAGGACCAUUUCGUCUUAUUUACUCAAAAAAUAAAAUGAAUUUAUUACUUCAACUUGAUCAUGAAUUAGAUCAUGAAGAUCAAUCAAUCUACAGACUACGUUUAUUUGCUCAAGAUGGUGGAAAUCUAUGUGGUUCAAUUCAAUUAAUUAUUGAAGUAGAUGAUGUAAAUGAAUUCCCUCCAGUUUUUAUUGAUUCAGAAUAUACUGGUAAAAUUGAAUCAUUUAAUCUACUUUCAUCAUUAAUCACUCAAGAAGUUUAUAAAAGACAAUAUAAAGUAAAAGAAUCACUUGAAAUUGGUAGUCAAAUUGGACAAUUGAAAGCUAUUGAUCAUGAUUUAUUACCAACAUCAGGGAUAGAGAAUAAAAUCACCUACCAAUUUAGUUCAACUCAAGUAAAUUGGGAUGUAACACAUAUAUUCAAUUUAGACUCAAAUACAGGUAUUUUAACUUUAAAAAACUCUUUAGAUUAUGAAAGUGUAAAAAGUUAUCGAUUAACAAUCAUAGCACAAGAUAGUCCAUCUGGAAAGUCUAUUAUCACUUCAAAAUCUUCUACAAUUCCAUUACAGACAACAUCACAAAUAAUUCGUUCAGCUACAGCAUUAAUAGACAUUACUGUUCUUGAUGUCAAUGAUAAUCCACCUGUAAUACUAUUUGAAAAAGAUUAUAUUAAUCUAAAUCAGAGACAUUUAUCCAGUAUAAAUCAUUAUUUUACAGAUAAUCAUAAACCUACGGUAAUUAAUAAACCCUAUGAAAUAUGGAUUAAAGAAAAUAUUCCUAAGGGUACACCAAUUGUUUUCUUUAAUGUAAUGGAUCGUGAUACAGGCGUUAAUAGUCAAAUAUCAUGUCAAUUAUUAAACUGGACAGAAAAAUUUAAUCUGCGUGAAUUAUCCGGUUUAUAUGGUAUUGAAACAUUGAGCCUGUUAGAUCGUGAACAUACUGACAAAUACUUUAUUAUACUACAAUGUAAUGAUAUGGGUGAACCAAUGUUAUACAAUUCAAAAUCUUUAAUUAUUCAUCUUAUUGAUGUAAAUGAUUUACCGCCUAGUUUUCCACUUAAUGUCUAUCAAUUUCGUGUAGCUGAAAAUAGUCAACCAGGAACAUUAAUUCGACCAGCUAGCAGUACUUAUCCAACAGUUGUUUCAGCUACAGAUCCUGAUUUGAAUAGUUCACUUAGAUAUCGAUUAGAACCAAGUGAAAUGAAAUCAGUUAACAAUGAAUCUAUUAAUUCCAACUAUAUUAUUCAUUCAUUAGAUUAUCAAUUAUUUUCUAUAGAUCCAAUAACUGGUCAAAUAUAUACACAGGGUGAAUUGGAUCGGGAACAAAGAUCACGAUUAGAAUUUCGUGUCUGUGCUGAUGAUGGUCUACAUUCAACAUGUACAAAUGUUAUAGUCGAUCUAGAAGAUGUAAAUGAUAAUCUACCACGUUUUGAACGUGAUACUUAUGUUGUUCGUUUAGAAGAAAAUAAACAAUAUUAUAAACCAAUCUUAUUAUUUACUGUAUCCGAUUUAGAUUCAGGUAAUAAUGGUUUUAAAUUUAAUUUUUUGAAUGAUUUAAAUGAACCACAAUUAACAAUACAACAUUUAACAAGUUCAAAUAAUACAGUUAAACAAAAACAACGACAGCGCAAAAAACAAAUUCAUCAUGAUACUGAAAUACAAAUAAAUAAAUCGAUCAGUCAAAAUCUUGAUAAUAUUAAUGAAUCUGGAUUAAUACAAAAAUAUUUUAUUCUAAGAGAGAAUGGAUUAUACUUACAGCAUACUUUAGAUAGAGAAGAACAUGCAAAUUAUCAUUUUUAUGUACAGGUACAUGAUUUACAAAUUAAUUCAUCUACUACUAAUAAUACAUACUGGAAUCAUGUUUUAACAAGUCAAGCAGAGAUAUUUAUUGAUGUAACUGAUGUGAAUGAUAAUAUUCCAAUAUUUAUAUUUCCUAACAUAACAGCACCUACUGGUAAUCGAUUAACCGUAUCAUGUCAUGAAAGAAUGGGUAGUUCAAUUGGUCAAAUUCAAGGAUAUGAUCCUGAUUUAGGCUUAAAUGGAACUAUUACUUAUACUUUAAUCUUAACACCAUCAGAUACAGAACAACUUUUUCACUUGGAUAACAUUUCAGGUGAAUUAUUUGUAAAUACUGAUCAGUUGAAUAAUCGUUGUGGUACAAGUAUUAUACUGAUUAUAUCAAUUGAUGAUCAAGGACCAUCAGAAAGUAAAAUUUCUAGACAUAUACCAAUGGAACGUUUAAUCGUUCAAUUGGAAGAUAAACCAACUAUAAGUGAACUGUUAGUUACAAAAGAUAAACAUCAACAAAGCGAUAAACACUGGAGAUUUGGAUCAGAUGAUAUUAUAUCAAAUUCAGAUGUAUUGUUAAGAGAUCCAGGAAGAUUAGGCAGUAUUAGUAAAAGUGAUAGUAGUAACACUGAAAGUGGUAUGCAAAAAAUCAUUGCUACAAGUACAUUUUCAGCUAAAACUGUACUCAGUAUCAUACUUGGUGGUUCAACAAUAUUUUUAAUUGGUCUAUUGAUUACAUCUACAAUAUUAUUAAUGUAUAAUCGAUCUAAACGUCAAAAAACAUUAAUAAACUUUAAACAAUUGUAUCUUAAAAAAGAUACUACUGAUAAUUGUAACAGUAGUAACAGUAACUGUAUCACAGCUGAGGAUGGAUUAAUGAUUGGUGGUCAACAAGACGAAUUAACUAAAAUACUAUUUCCAAGUAAUAUAUCACCAGAUGAACAUAUAAUGCAGACAGCUGAAUACCAUCCAACCUACACAAUGAAAAAUUCAUCAGUUAACGACAAUAAUAAUGAUGAAGAUGAUGAUGAUCAAGGCAAUGUUACAGUUCAUUCGCAUUCUUGUUAUCCACAUGGAACAAAUACUAUGAUGGGAUUACAUCAAUGUGCCUACGAUCCAAAUAGUAUAAAUAACACUGAGUUCAAUGAUACUGUCAACGGAAACUAUACAGCUUAUCCAUCCACUCGAUUACCUAAUUUUAUUGUGGCUAGUCAGUGUUUUGGACAUUCAUCCUCAAUAAUGUCUGCACAAUCAUCAUCAGGAUCAUCUCAACAGCAGAAAGAGCAACGUCAAUUACUACAACGUCAUCCAUCACCAGUUUGUGUACAACGUCAACAAGUCUAUGCAAAAGAAAAGUUAUUCAGUAAUACUAAUGCUAAUUGUACUGUAUCACUAGCAUAUAUUAUUCCCAGUUGGGAAACAGAACAAUCGUCAGUUACAUCUCAACAACACCAACAAAUACCUCCAAUUCCUGUUAGAUUGAAUAAAAAGUCUUUAUAUGAAUAUAAAAUGAAACAGCAUGAAAAUGAUUGUGGAAAAUUUGGACAAAAUCAACAGAUAUGGGAAAAUAAUGAUAAGUAUUGUAACACACAGAAUUAUCAACAUAUUAGCAGAACAAGUUUGGAAAAACCGCCAUCAGGUCGACCAUCUUCGCGAUGUUUAGUGAAUAAUUCAGCAUCAAAAGUUUCACAUCCGCAUAACAAAUCCAGUUCACCAGUGAGAAUAUCAAAAAAUGUGAACUUUAUACCAUCAAUGCCACGCUUUCAUAAUUAUCCCCUUAGAAAAAUUCUAGACAAUACUGAUUACACAGUAAACAAUACUUGCUUCAAUUCAACUUCUCAAAAUUAUGAGUUAUGUGAUCAUCAACAUCUUUAUCAAUUCAAAUCGAAUCCAAAUAUUUUAGCCUAUACAACGACAAUUGAGCAUACACAUCCGAAUGAUUCUUCAAUAAUCUCACAGAAGAAUCAAUCAGUUAAUGGUUAUUCAGCAAUAAAUAAUGAACAAAACCAUUUACUGCAACAAUAUCAUCAACCUCCCCCACCAUAUCGUUUCUUGACACCACCAUGUACACGAAGAUUUACACAAUUCAAUUAUCACUUAAAAUCUUUGCCAAUUAAUCAAAGAAAUGAAGGAUAUACAACUCUGAUAAGAGAAAAACAAUGUAGUUGUACAACAGCUCCUGUUAAAAAACCAAUUACCUCACCUAUACUUAAGAAACUGGAAUUAUUACCCUCAAUAGACGGAAAAAAUCUUGACAAUGAUAAUUCUAGUAAUCAAAUAGAAAGACAAGAACCUCCAUGUUGUGAAUAUAUGAGUAAUUAUGAAUCAGAAAUAUGUUCACAAUGUCAAUUGAUCAAUAUGAGAAAUAGUCCAACACCACCUUUUCAAUCAAUACCUAAUUUAAUGACAACAGCUAAAAUGAAUGAACAUAUCAGUACUACAACUAUUAAUGUCACAGCUACUGGAGUAAAUGGAUCACAUUCUGCUAUAUCAACUAUAGACAAUAAUACAUUAUAUUGUAUUAAUAAUUGUCCAUUGUUAAAUUUUUGUAAUGAUACAACACAUCAACAAGAACAAUAUGAACAUAGUUCACAUCAUUUAAACUAUUCAACUAUGCAGGAUAUGUACAAUUCUUGUGUAUAAACAAUUCAAACUAUUCAACUGAACAGUAUCAAAUUGUUGAUAUCAAUGUGCCAGUUUUACAAUUAAAUCAUAUGAGCAAAAUAAACAAGCUAAUUAUCAUAUAUAUAUAUA